CGGCGCAGAAUCAUGACGUUUCCUCGCGCUUGUGUUCGGCAACUUCACCAGAGUUUGAUAUCAUAUUUUUUACAUUUAAAAUGAAACCUCUUCCACGGACUUAUUGCUCAGCGCAGCGGUCCCACGUAACCGAGCUCACGCGAAGGUAGACCACCGGUUUGUCGGCGCCGAACACCUCCGCUUCAGCAGCAUGCUCGCUGCUGUCAGGUAGCUAGCUAACUGAUCACUUGGACUCGUUUAACGUUACAUCGAUGCUAUAGCCUAAACUUCUUCAGCGACAGCCCCUCACUGAAGGGGCUCCCUGCUGUCAUGCCGCCAAUCAUGGCUCAGAUCAGUGAUCCCAAGAUCGCCUUUGCCUACCUGCGCCCGGCCUGUGUCCUCCUGACCCGAGCGCCCACCGUGACCAACGUGGAGGCGCUGAGCGGCCAGGUGAAAGAAGUCGACGAUGCCACAUUGCAGCAGCUCCAGGAGUACGUCCUCUUCCCUCUUCGCUUUGUCCUCAAGGUCCCCGGGCCCAAGAAUAAAAAACUGGUGCAGGCCGUGGCUGAGGCCGUGAGCCACGUCCUCCAGAACACCUGUGUCCAGAGCUGGGAGACCCUCCGCGACCUCUUCUCGGAGCUUUGCCUCUGCCUGUCCUCGCCAACCGAUCCUGGGAAACCUGCAGACACGUCGGAGGAGCUGAAAUCUGCUGUGCUGAGGUGCCUGGACGCGCUGCUUCACGCCGCUUACGGCGAUAUAGUCUUCAAACUCUUUGAACCGGUUAUGCUGCCCGGACUGGGAGCUGCCAUAUCGUUGCUGCUGGCCUUAGCAGAGAAGGAGAAAUCUCGAGAUGUACAGGCAGCAGCGCUGAAGUGCCUCCAGGCGUUGACUCUGCAGUGUGACUGCACUCAGGAGCAUGUGGUCCCGUCCUCCUCCGAAAGAUGCGCGAUGGGCAGCACCAUGGCGUCAUUCCUGCCUGGGAUCACUGUGGCCGUAGCCAGGAUCAUUACAGGAGAUCUGAGGCAAGGCCAUGCAGUCACAAUUGGGGCCAUCAAGGUUUGGUCCAGGACCGUGGGGCUUGUCAUGGAAGACGCCCAGAUUCAGGCCGGCGAGCCCGGGAAGACUCCCUCGGCAGACUUGGGGAGAAUCGCACAGCUGAUGGUCCACCGGACACAAGCGUGGGCGGAGAGCACAGCAGGGAAACUGUCCGUGCUCCUGAGGAAGAUCAUCUCCUGCACCUCGUCUCACCAGCACUGGAGGGUUCGACUGGAGAUGGUGGAGCUGGACGACCACCUGCUGGCCAGGUGUAGCCAGUCACUGGGAGAGUGUGUGGGCCCGCUGCUGGAAGCACUGGUGGGAGCGGUCAAUGACGAGGAGCCCAGAGUCAGAAAGAGGUGCGAAGCUGUUCUUAGCGAGGUAUCGCAGAGGAGUCAGAGGCGUAGCAUCAGCGGCAGUGAUAUUACCAGUAAAAGCAGCAGCAGUGCUCAAACCUUCACUGAUGUGCUUUCGGAGAAUCUCCACUCUUUGACCACCUCCCUGCCCAGACUGAUGAGGACCUCCGACGACCAGAAGAAGCUGUUCAUCCUCAACGUAUUCCUGGGCUAUCUAAAAGUCCUGGGACCUCUGGUCUCCGCGGUGCUGAACUCGGCCGCGCACCUCGAGCGGAUUUCCAAAGCCUUGAUGCAGGUGCUGGAGCUGGAUGUGAUGGAUGUUCGCAUUGUGGAGGAAAGGAGUCCCGCCGCUACCAUAGCGACGAGCCCGGGCUCCCAGCACUACGCUGCUCACACACAGAGGAAGCAUUUCCUCUACUUCACAGAUGGGAAGAUCUUCUCUGCGCUCAUGGAGAUCUGUCGAACAUUAGGUUACUAUGGCAACAUUUACCUGCUGACGGAUCACUUCCUGGAUCUGUACCGACGGUCCUCAGCGUACAGAAAGCAGGCUGCCAUGGUGCUCAAUGAGAUUGUCAGGGGCGCGGCGGGCAUCGGCGUGGCAGCAGAGGGUCACGGUCUGGAGAGUCAAGUUCGGGGACGCUCCGCCAGCCGGGAGGACCUCGAGGUGGCGGUGGCGUCUGUCAUGGAGGAAUACACCAGUCUGCACAACUGGCACCUGAUUACUGUCAGUGAGGAGACGGAGGGAGACCGACAGGACCAGCAGCUGCUCAGCCCGUCAGGACUCUUCUCCAUAUCCAAUAAUGUCAGCGACACCAAAGCAAACCCUCUGCAAGUGAUUCCGUCUUCAUUUGGCACCUCGUCCUCGUCGACGACCUCCGCAAUCCACCGGCUCAACGGCAACAUCUGGCAGCUGUGCAUCCAACUCGAGGGCGUCGGCUGCUUCGCUCAGGCGCUGGGACGGGACUUCCGGCCCCUUUUGAUGGCCUCACUGUACCCCGUGCUGGAGAAAGCCGGGGAGGAGACGCUGCUGGUCAGCCAGGCGGCGCUGGGCUCCAUGUGGGACAUCAGUGAGGCCUGUGGCUACCACUCCCUGAAGGAGCUGAUCAAUGAGAACUCCGACUACCUGCUCAAUGACAUCUCUCUUAACCUGCAGAGGCUCAGCCAGCACCCACAGGCUCCACGGGUGUUGACGGUGAUGUUGACUCACUCCGACUGCAGCCUGCUGCCUCUGGUCGGGGACAUCGUUCAGGAUGUGCUGGCGGCUCUGGAUCUCAGCUACGACCUCAAGGCCGCUCUGUUCUGCGCCGUGCUGCACGCACUCAUGAAGGCACUGGCGAGGUGGUUCCCCUCCAGUAGGACCCGUGAGUCGGCCAGACCCAAACAGACCCCCCCUCCCAAGGAAGUCCUCGACAUCCGCCAGUUCCUGCUGGAUCUCCGCAAACAGAAAGAGCUGGCGGAGGGCAUCGGAAUAGAGGACGACGACGCCCCCGAAGACCUUGAAGUCCCGCCUCCCACACAGUGUGAGGAUGUGGAAGAUGUCGGCGGUCCUGAUGUGAAAGCAGAGCUUCCCGCCCACAUCGGGGUCACUAAAGAUGUCAUGGAGCGCUGCAUUCAUCUGCUGUCCGACCCGAGUCUCCGGCUCCGACUCAAGGUUUUGGACGUGCUGGAGCUCUGCGUGUGUGUUCUGAGCGAGAGGGAAGACGAACUGCUGCCGAUGGCCCAUCGCUGCUGGCCCGCCCUCCUCCAGAGGCUCACAGCCGACGACCCGUUAGCAGUCCUCCGAGCCUUCAGGGUGCUGUGCACGCUGGGUGAGACAUGCGGGGACUUCCUGAGGAGGAGGGUGUCCAAAGAGGUUCUGCCCAAGCUGAGCGCCUCGCUGGUGCGGCAGGCUCCGGUCAGCGCCAAGGCCGGACCCGUCUACACGCACACGCUGGCCUACAAGCUGCAGCUGGCCGUGCUGCGGGGGCUGGGCUCCCUGUGCCAGAGGCUGGAUCUGGGUGAGGCCGACCUGGAUGCCGUUUGCGAGGCCUGCCUGCCCUACCUGAGCUGCAGACAACCAAUCAGACUGCAAGAGGCCGGCAGAAGUGUAUUCCAACACUUGAUCCAGGUGGAUCCGGAUGCCUUCUGGUUCACUCUGAACGAGCUGCACUGCCCGUCCCCGUACGUCCCGCCCCACCCGGACCUCCAGCCGGUGCAUCUGAGCGGAAUGGGUCGACCGAGGGACGAGUACUCCGACAACGUGCUGAGACUGCUGACGGAGGAGUUUGGCUCGGCUGCAGAGACGGCUGCAGCUAAUGAGCUGCCGCUUGAUGCGAUCGACUCGUGCCUCACGCGGACGGCCUAUUGAACCUCUAACUCAAACUAGUCGGCUCCCUGAAAGAACUAAUCUGACAGAAAGACGGCCAUCAGAUAGGGCUGCGAUAACCUUCCUGCUCGACACAGCUCUGAUAAGCAGCGAGGUGCAAAAGGAAAAUAUCAUUGAAGCAUAAUAUCUGCUGCUGCCUCUCCUGCAGGUGUAGGAACCAGGAGCUCUUCUACAUUAGGAGACAUGCAGGCACAUGGCAGAUGUUUUUCAUUCCAUGUGAAUACAUAGACAUAUACUGUAUGCAAAUGUUUAUAUCUGUUUCCUCAAGAAGUACUUUAUUCCUGCUAGGAACUGCCUUGAUGGUCUGAAUUAUUCAAACUGAUGGUUCAGAGUAGUUCUGGGACUUUUAUACAGAUUGUUGGUGACCUAGAUAGAACGCUUUUUUUGUGACCCUGAAACAUUCUUAAUUAAAAAUAAUCAAAUGCU